AUGAGAAAAUGCAAAGCGACGAUAUUGCAGUGGACAUUGCUGUUCGCCUGCUUAAAUGCCGUGUCAUUGCAGACACUGCAAACAUUCCCAAAACUCUGCGAUGUGCGAGACUUCGAUGACUUUUUGCACAAAACGGGAAAGGUGUAUCCGGAUGAAAGGGAGCGAGAGUUUCGCGAAUCCAUUUUUGCAGCCAAAAAGUCGUUGGUGGAUCUAACAAACAGUCGAGUGGGCAGUUAUCGUUUGAAUCUAAAUUCAUUUGCUGACAUGACUCGUAAAGAGAUCUCAACGUUGCUCGGCUCCAAGAUCUCAUAUCAGGGCGAAGAGUUUACAGCUCGUCACAUUAACUUUGUGCCCGCGACAGUCACUGUGAGUGACAAACUGCCGGAAGCGUUUGACUGGCGGGAGAAGGGAGGAGUAACUGCAGCCGGCUUUCAGGGCGUUGGCUGUGGUUCAUGUUGGUCUUUUUCCACGACGGGAGCGUUGGAGGGACAUCUAUUUCGUCGCACUGGUGUCUUGGUGCCUUUAUCCCAACAGAAUCUGGUAGAUUGUGCCGAUGACUAUGGCAACAUGGGUUGCGAUGGUGGCUUCCAGGAGUAUGGCUUUGAGUACAUCCGGGAUCAUGGCAUUACGCUGGCAAACAAGUAUCCCUACGAGCAGUACGAAAUGCAGUGCAAACAGAAUGAAACUGUUGGAGUAUAUCCACGUGAGAGUAUUGUGAAAAUACGCGAUUAUGCCCGCAUUGAUCCGGGAGAUGAGCAAAAGAUGAAGCAAGUGAUUGCCACCCUUGGACCAUUGGCAUGCUCCAUGAAUGCGGGCAGCAUAUCCUUUGAGCAAUACGAUGGCGGCAUCUACGAGGACGAGGAGUGCAACCAGGAUGAGGUCAACCAUUCUGUUGUUGUUGUUGGAUACGGCAGUGAAAAUGGACGCGACUAUUGGAUCAUCAAGAACUCAUACUCCCAAAAUUGGGGCGAGUCUGGAUUCAUGCGACUCCCUCGCAAUGCUGGCAGCUUCUGUGGCAUUGCCAGUGAGUGCAGUUAUCCCAUACUAUAAGGAAAUGCUGAGGCUCAGUCUCAGCAAAAAUGUUAUUAAAGUAAUUGUUAUUCAC